AUGCUACUAUCACUAAUAGUACUAAUCAUCUCAAAUCCAAGUCCAGUUGCUGGCACACCAUCAUCAUCUGCAUGGCUGAAGAAGGUGUCGGACCCACGAGCUGUUACCGGGUGCUGGAAGCAGCCAUGGAUUUGUAACCGAGGAGAAAAAGGUGGGGUGAAUCAGUUCCCACCAGCACCCUUCGUAAAGAGGAUGUGCUGUAAGAACCGGUGCGUCGAGGUGAGCUCCGAUAUCAACAACUGCGGUCUAUGCGGCAUUAGGUGCCCUUUCACUUGGCAAUGCUGCAAUGGGCUUUGCAUCGACACCAAUAUAAAUCCCUUCCACUGUGGCCAGUGCUGGAAACGAUGCCAACUGGGGAGUCUUUGCUUCUAUGGCAUGUGCGGCUACGCUCAGCCACUCCCUCCAUUUCCAUUCCCUUUCCCUCCAAAGCUUCCGAAGCCUCCGAAGCCAUACCCGCCACACUUUCCUUUCCCUCCAAAGCCUCCAAAGCCCUUCCCUCCUCCAAUGGCUUGA